CUUUAAAGAUGAAGAGGGAGGCAGAGAGGAUGAAGAGGAGGCGGCGUUCGCUACCUGCUGCUUCCUUCCUCGCUCAAAUAUUCAAAGCCGUGCGGCGGGCGGACGCUUCGUCACAGCGAUGAGGCUGUGCGGCCGCAGCUUUUAGUUCUGAUGGAGGAGGGAGAAGGGGAAGCGGUUCAGGCUAACGGCGACCCUUCGGGGUACCCGAGGGAUGCCGGCGCGGCGGGGCAUCCUGUCCAUUUGCAAAGGGUGCCUUGUGGGGACAAGAUGCCGUUCCACCAUGUGACGGCGGGCCUGCUGUAUAAAGGCAACUACCUGAGUCGCUCACUUUCAGACAGCGACAGCGACGUGCUGGCCAGCAUCUCCGUGGAGGAACUUCACGAGAUCCGGGAGGCCUUCAAGGUUCUUGACCGCGACGGGAACGGUUUCAUCUCCAAGCAGGAGCUGGGAAUGGCCAUGCGCUCCCUGGGCUACAUGCCCAGCGAGGUGGAGCUCGCCAUCAUCAUGCAGAGGCUCGACAUGGACGGUGAUGGCCAGGUGGACUUUGAGGAGUUUAUGACCAUCCUGGGCCCGAAACUUCUCUCUUCUGAAACAAGAGAAGGUUUCCUGGGAAGCACCAUAGACACCAUCUUCUGGCAGUUUGACAUGCAGAGGAUCACGCUGGAGGAACUCAAGCAUGUCCUCUUCUACGCCUUCCGAGACCACCUGACCAUGAAGGACAUUGAGAACAUUAUCAUCAACGAGGAAGAGAGCCUCAAGGAGAACGCAGGGAACUGUCAGACCGAAUUUGAAGGAGUCCACCCGUCGAAGAAGAACCGGCAAACAUGCGUGAGGAAGAGUCUAAUCUGCGCCUUCGCAAUGGCGUUCAUCAUCAGCGUCAUGCUGAUCGCAGCCAAUCAGAUGCUGAGGAACGGCAUGGAGUAGCCACGCCCACUGUGACUCGCACGCACGUAAACACACUUUUUGUCUUUUUUCCCUGGCGCUCCACCCCCUUUACUCCGACAGCAGGGACACUCAAGGGCUGACGUUACCCACAAUCCUCCUCUGUCCCCUUCUGAUGAUGCAAUAAAACGGCGCCGGCCAUGGGAAGGAGGACUUGAUUUGAGGAGUUUCACGGAGACGGGAUCGACAUAGCGACUUGACACGGUGAACGCACGCUUUGGCCGUCGCAAGGAAUGCUGGGAAUUGUAGUUUUUUUCAAUACACUUUCUCCAUCAGAACUACUAUGAGCGAUGGUUCUUCAACCUCCUCUCCUUUCUCCUUCUACUCCGUCCCAUUAAUCUGUGCUGUUUCCCUUCGAGUUUGUGUGCAUCUUCAUUUCAGCGUUAUUGAUCGGUUCACGGUUGAUUGACGGAUGACACUGUAGUCUUUUUGCAUAAUAAGCUUUACACAUGAUCAAGCACAUCUUGCAGCAAUACCGAUAUCUCACAUCCAUUUUCUAAAUCUUACACUCAUCACUGCAUUGGCUGGCACUGACAGUGAUAGACAUUGGGUGUCAAACUCAUCUUUGUCGCAGGCCACAUAAUAGUUAUUGUGACUGCCACCAUUAAUAUUCAACUAAUUGUUUAGCAAAUACUCUUUCGAGAGUCGAUCCAUCUUUUAGAGACAUACAGUUAUAUUCAAAAUUAUUCAACCCCCACUUUCGUAUAGUGUUGUGACAUGUCUGACAUGAUCAAUGGUGUACCGCAAACACACGUCACUUUUGCUCAUUAAUAUUCAUGACGUUAGCAAUUGUGGCUAGGCGGGUCAACCUCCCGUUUGUCCCCAAGACUAAAUGAAUGGAAAUGGUGUACGAACGAGAUGUUUACUGAGCUAAACUUACCAAUUCUGUCUGAAAAUGAUGUCCCUGGUGCCAAAUUGACUGGUAAAGAUGUGGAAGAACAUACAAAUGUUCAGUUAAACAGAUGGCUAGAGUGUCGAGGGCUGAAGAAGACGAGCCGAUCUGAUCCAGAGUUAGCUUUUUUAUCGACUCCUUUUUCUUGUGUGCAUUGCCUUACGCUACUGACAAUGAUAUUCUCCUGUUUCAACAAUCUAUCCUUGACCACCAUAUGCCCUGUGUUUCUUAUAUAUUAUAUCCUCUGGUUGUCUUACGUCUCUGACCGUUCUUGGGGCAAUUUACAUUGCUAUUUUUGUGUAGCGAUCGCAAAUGCUACUCAGUGACAGCCAACGAACACUUUUAAUUUUCUCAUUAAUAACUAAUCUUAAUUCUAUCAUUUAUUUACGCUUCUCCCUUAUUAAAGUUGUUUUUUUUUUCAAUAGAAAGGGUAACAGUGGCAGUCCAAUACCAUUUUAAUGUUUUUCAGGUCAUUCAUUGUCAGGCAGAAGCAGCACGGCAAAACGCCACACUAAAAAAUAAGUAAAAAUAUCAAAAUGGCUUACCUUUUCAUCCUCUGAAAGGACCAUGGCCCCCAACAGAAUGUUUACUGCAUAUGAUUUGUGAAUGGCUUCACCCUGCUGGCUUUAAACAGGUCUUUUGGACGUCUGCACAAGUUGAUCCAUUCUUCACAUUUUGUCCUCCGAGGUUUUUGUUUCGGGAAACGUACGAAGAAAACAUCCUUCAUAUGUCGUAAUCUCAAGAGUCGUUUCUACAAGUUCCAUAGCAGAAGUGUUUGAUCGGCAUGUUCUUUUUUGAAAGAUUAUCAGAGAAAACAAGCAGAAAUAACAUGGUUUGUAUGCGAGGGCGUGUCUAUAAUGUCCCACUCCCACGUUACGAUGGCGAUGUCACAGUUUGAAAAAAGCAUCUGUGCUGUACACUAUUUCAUUCAUAAACAAACUAGACGAGCACCCUGAGAGAGCAGACUUCAACUUAAGCAGCCAAAUUCAAAACAUAAGUUGAAAAAUAAAUGUUAGUAUAACACUAGACUGCAGUGGAGGUUGAAUGAUUUUGAACACAACCGUGGUUGACCUAUAAAUUGUCCAAAUCCUAUUGUGGGGCCCUUGAUAGCAAGAAUGUUCCUAUUUUUUCAUUUUUUAUUCAUUCAUUUCUAUUUUUUUCUCAUAAAAAUGCAAAAGGGGAAAAACAGUAACAAAGCUCUUUAUUUAUUUUGUAAAUGUUCAUUUUUUUAAAAAUUAUUUUUCAUUUUCAAAAACAAAACAGAAAAAAACUAGAUAUUCUUUUUAUUUUGGUUUUGUUUACUCCUUAAAAUAGAAAACCGUAUUCUCUUUUAAAUUUAAAUGAUUUUUAUUAUUAAACAAAAAGGAAAAACAAACAGUAAGUAACAUUUUUUUUUAAUUUAAAAAAGGAGAAAAACUAUGCAUUUUCUUUUACGAAUUUAAAUAUAAUAUAUAUAAUAAUAAUAUAAUAUAAAUAUCAGAUUUUUGUUAUCCUUGAUCUGUCACUGAGGACAACAGAAGUUUUCUUUAAAUUUUAUUUUAGCAAAAAAGUUACUGGGGUGUUAAUUAAUCGGUGGAGUUGAUAUCAACAAAUUCCGUGCAGUUUGUUAGCUAUUUGUUGUAUUUGUGGCUAAGCUAGCGUGAGUCAAUAGUACAGUUCUAGCUUGCCAAUAAAAAACAACUAAUGGACGCAUGAAAAUUACUGAUCACCAGAGGUGGGUAGAGGAGCCCACAAUUUUACUCAAGUAAGAGGAGCGUUACUUCAAAAUAAUAUUACCCAAGUAAAAUUAAAAGUAGUCAUCCAAAAAUGUACUCAAGUACAAGUAAAAAACUAUCCAGUGAAAAGACUACUCUAGUAAUGAGUAACAUUGUGAGUAACUGCUGUAAAUCUAUACGAACUGUUGUUACAAUGAUACUGUACAAUAUCCCACUACAUAACCACAAUAAGCCAAAUAAAUUAUUUAAAAAAAAAACAAAAAACAUUGAAUUCCUACGAGAGAAAAAAAAUUACAUAAAUGAAGCAUUAUUCAUCCAAACAGCUUGACUGCCCUCUGGUGGAGAAAAUAUUUCCUUCAUAAUUACUAUUAUGAAAUCAAAAGGAUCAUAUCUCCGGUUUUCCGUGGUCAAUCGGUGCCAAAUAAAAACUUGGAGAGAGGUUAAAAUCCGCGCUUUCGAGUCAUGUUGAGGGAAGCGCUCUAUGUCAAAUAAUUAGUUUGUUUUUUUUUUUUUUUUUAAAUCAGUGCUUUAAAGAUACCACAUAAUUGAACAGGCUCGUGUGAACAUAGAACGGCAAGCUUGCAUCUGAUUGGUAUAAUGGAGUCAUGUGAUCAUUGUUGCAACGUCUCAUUGGUGAAAUUGGUAGAACUACUCCUGGCAUUGCUAGCAAAAUAAAUAAAUAAAUGUAAUAUGUAAAAUAAAGAGGAAAAAUAUAACGACUCUUCUGAAGCCCAAAGUAGCAGAGUAAGAGUAGCGUUUUUUUCUUCAAAAAUCUACUCAAGUAAAAGUAAAAAGUAUGGCUUAGUAAAACUACUCUUAGAAGUGCAUUUUUCUCAAAAAGUUACUCAAGCAAAUGUAACAGUGCAUCCAACCCGUUACUACCCACCUCUGCCGAUGUCCCAUGCAAUCAAUAGUUUUGGGUAUGUUUUCGGGAUAAAGUUAUUAAUACAAUUUACCAUUGCAUGUCAAUAAUUGUAGUAUGGACAGAAACAUUUGUAAUCCAGCAGCUCUGCAGGGAACAGGCUGCAGAGCAGAGUGAUAUUUUUUCCACCCAUGUAUUUAUGUCGUAGCCAGCUGCAAGUAGCCAGUUUAUAUUGUUCCUCGUUCUUCGUACGGAAUUUGUGGAAACUUUCCUUUGCCCAUUUCUUCUGUUUCCACAGCCUCUAAAUGCACAUUUCACCAUGUUGCCGUCCUUCAGUCAAGUCAGUUGACUGAUGCUGCAUUCGAGGAAGGUGUAAAGUCGGAGUUUCCAACCUCUGACCUGGAAAUAUAUCACUGGAAAGCCACUCGAACUGGGAGGUUUUAGUCACGAAGUUGGAAAAAAAAGUACCCAGUAAUCACAAGUUGAUUCAAUCUGACAUCAAUCGACGAAAUAGCGCUGUCUGUCGAAAAGCAGACUGUCAAUAGUAAAACUAAAGAUGGCAGUUUACAGUUUGUCCUAUUUACCUUAGCCGUUGUUUUUUCUCCACUAUUUAAUUGCUAAGCAGAUUUGCUGGAGGUCAAAAUGUCUUUUGAUGGCCAAAAUAAUAAACAACUUGUCACGAUCAGCCAUCUUUGCAGUUACCAUUCGCUUGGAACGCUAUGAGGUCGCAACUGGUACCAUCAGAGUGCGAUAAGUCAGACUUCUACCUUCUUCAAAUGCAGCCUGAGCACGAGUGACCGAAGCACUCAUGUCUACUGUAGUCACAUUCAAUGUUCCCUCUCAAUCUUCAUGUGUCUGAGCAGACACGCAAGCUCCCUGAGCAAACAGAGGACCACUGUGAGCAACAUCAGAUGUGUUCGCUGUGGCCACACAUCAGUAUCACACCUGUUGAAAACCUUGGAUCACAGCAAGAUACGUGGCUUUUUAAAAGAAUGAAAAUACAGCAGCAAUUUGCAUUAGUUUAGUUUUAAUAUACCGUAUUGGUCCGAAUAUAAGAUGGGGUUUUUUGCAUUGAAAUAAGAUUGCAAAAGAGGGGGUCGUUUUAUAUUCGCGGUCUAGACGUUAUACAUGACGCCAGAUAUCAUUGAAGCGAUGUUCUGUUAUGACAUAUCUCAGCUACUCUCCCCACUAGAUGGCGCCAGAUAUUAUUGAAGCGAUGUACAUAUACAUACAUACAGCGAUAUACAUAUAUAUAUAUUACUCAGUUUUACAGCUUGUUCUUUUAUUUGCACAUACUGUACUCUGACAGCCAUUCCAUCUUAAAAGAACCGCUUUUCUUUUUUAAUUUGGCUUGAUGAGUGUAGUAUUGCUGCCCGUUCCUUUUGCUAUGAUCAGGAGUUAGCAUUUGCGUCUCUACUCCGCUGCACUGCUGUUGGCUAGCUAACCUGCAAGGCACAUACAGUGGGGCAAAUAAGUAUUUAGUCAACCACCAAUUGUGCAAGUUCUCCUACUUGAAAAGAUUAGAGUGGCCUGUAAUUGUCAACAUGGGUAAACCUCAACCAUGAGAGACGGAAUGUUGAAAAAAAAAAAACAGAAAAUCACAUUGUUUGAUUUUUAAAGAAUUUAUUUCCAAAUUAGAGUGGAAAAUAAGUAUUUGGUCACCGACAAACAAGCAACAUUUCUGGCUGUCAAAGAGGUCUAACUUCUUGUAACGAAGUCUAACGAGGCUCCACUCGUUACCUGGAUUAAUGGCACCUGUUUUAACUCAUUAUCAGUAUAAAAGACACCUGUCCACAAUCUCAGUCAGUCACACUCCAAACUCCACUAUGGCCACGACCAAAGAGCUGUCGAAGGACACCAGAGACAAAAUUGUAGGCCUGCGCCAGGCUAUGAAGACUGAAUCUGCAAUGGGUAAAACGCUUGGUGUAAAGAAAUUAACUGUGGGAGCAAUUAUUAGAAAAUGGAAGACAUACAAGACCACUGAUAAUCUCCCUCGAUCUGGGGCUCCAUGCAAGAUAUCACCCCGUGGCGUCAAAUUGAUAACAAGAAUCCCAGAACCACACGGGGGGACCUAGUGAAUGACCUACAGGGAGCUGGGACCACAGUAACAAAGGCUACUAUCAGUAACACAAUGCGCCGCCAGGGACUCAAAUCCUGCACUGCCAGACGUGUCCCCCUGCUGAAGCCAGAACACGUCCAGGCCCGUCUGCAGUUCGCUAGAGAGCAUUUGGAUGAUCCAGAAGAGGACAGGGAAAUUGUUAUGGUCAGAUUCAACCAAAAUAGAACUUUUUGGUAGAAACACAGGUUCUGGUGUUUGGAGGAGAAAGAAUACUGAAUUGCAUCCGAAGAACACCAUACCCACUGUGAAGCAUGGGGGUGCAAACACCAUGCUUUGGGGCUGUUUUUCUGCAUAGGGACCAGGACGACUGAUCUGUGUAAAGUAAAGAAUGAAUGGGGCCAUCUAUCGAAAGAUUUUGAGUGAAAAUCUCCUUCCAUCAGCAAGGGCAUUGAAGAUGAGACGUGGUUGGGUCUUUCAGCAUGACAAUGCUCCCAAACACACAGCCAGGGCAACAAAGGAGUGGCUUUGUAAGAAGCAUUUCAAGGUCCUGGAGUGGCCUUGCCAGUCUGCAGAUCUCAACCCCAUAGAAAAUCUGUGGAGGGAGUUUAAAGUCCGUGUUUCCCAACGACAGCCCCAAAACAUCACUGCUCUAGAGGAGAUCUGCAUGGAGGAAUGGGCCAAAAUACCAGCAAAAGUGUGUGAAAAGCUUGUGAAGAGUUACAGAAAACGUUUAGCCUCUGUAAUUUUUUUCCACAUUCCGUCUCUCAUGGUUGAGGUUUACCCAUGUUGACAAUUACAGGCCUCUCUAAUAUUUUCAAGUGGGAGAACUUGCAUAAUUAGUGACUGUGAGUUGACUAAAUACUUAUUUCCCCCACUGUAUGGGCUGCGUUGCGUAAGUCAAGUGAACUGUGUCACAUUAUUGGCUAGAUACCUGUUGCUCAUUGAGUUACGUUGCAAAAUGGUACAGAAAACCUUCUGUAAAUCAACACAGGAGUCUAGCUCGCUUUUCACUCGUUCUCCGCACCCACCCAAGUCAUGCAUCUUACAACUCUAUAUAAUCGUGGUGUAGUAACCCACCAAUAGGAGCGUCGCGUUGGCGUAUGGAACGCACCAAUGGAAGUGUCGCAUUGGUGUAUCAAACGCACCGAUCGGAGUGCUGUGCUGUGCUACGUUUCUGUUGAAUUUUAUUUCGUGCGCUGCAUCGAUUUUCUUGUGCGCUGAGUUUGUGCAAGUGAUUGCGCACGCGCGCAGCUUAGAAGGAACAUUGGUCACAUUAUGCAUUUAAAAAAAAUAGUCCUGCAGAAUGAAAUGAAUUACGGCGGCUUGGUGUGACAUUUUUGUGGCUGCAUGGUUAUUUCAAACAAUGAUCUGCAUUUUGAAUUUAAUUGACUAUCUUACAACUGUUAAUGUCGUUUUAUAUUAGCAUGCUAGGAUUGUACUAUUGACUCGUGGUAGUUUAGCCAAUCCGGAGCCCUGAAACUAACAAAUAACUGACAAACUACACGGAAUUUGUUAAAAUCAACUCCACCGAUUGAUUGAACCCCUGCUAACUCAAAGAUUAAGCCUAAUGUCAAAAAUUCGGAACUUCCACUUUAAUGCACAGGAUUGACUUUCGCGGGCCUCACAAAAUGUUGGGCAGUGCCGGAUCAGGCCCCCGGGCCUUUUGUUUGACAACAGUGUGAUAGAUGAAACAGAGUUGCUUUAAAUCGGAACUGUUUUACACUGUAACUUUCUCAAAUUGUCACUUAAAACACCCAAACAAAGGAAAAAUGUGCUCAACCUUCCAACUGUUAUCUCGGCUUUAAUUGUUUGUCAUAAAUUCACACUGAGUACCAUUGACAGCAACAGAAGUCCAGUCCAAUUGGACUAAUUGGGCUGGCAGCGACCAUUCGCUUGCUGCUUGCCCUCCCUGUCCAAAUGGAUUGGACAUCUAUCCCCGUCAAUGGCGCCAAAACAUGCUCAUUCAAGGAAGAAGCCACGUGGUCUCUUUGACCCCGCCCACACGUCGUGGUUCGUUAUGUGUUGUGUACGUAUGUUCUGGGAAGUAACAAAUCACUGUGACUGCACAAAUAACAGCAACGCCCACGCACCGGGUGACGUCACUCUAAGGCACGUGCGUGUUCCAAGCCAUAAUAGACACAAACGGGAUGGCCAGUAAUUUGGUGUGAGCGCGCCCUCUAGUGGUCAUCACACGAAUGACGUAUUGGCUUGCAUUUUUAGUAUGAAUUACGGUACUACGAAGAAAAUCUUAUCUUCAGCCAUAUUGAUUUAAUGUUAUAAAGCGAACAUUACUAGUAGAUUAUUUUUUUGUAUUGGUGGGUUCGUUUAUAGAAAAUAUAAUAUAUCAAAUACAAGGUGUAUGAAAAUUUCAUUUUUUAAAUGAAUAUAAUGUCUUGUAUUUUGUUAUUUAAUGUGUUUUACUCACUGCUUAUUAAUGUAAACGUAAAAUAAUCCACUUUCAUUUUAUAAUUUAUAGAUGAUAUAUUUUCUAACAUUUUACAAUUUAUUUGAAAAAAAAAGUUAUAAUAAUAAACGCAUGUGUAUGAUUGUCUAUUUUAAUAGUACAAUAAAUCGUCCUCGUUAUUUAUGAUACAAAAAAUAUAAUUACAAUGAAUUAACAAGUGAUUUAUUCUAACAAUUACAGUGGUAUGAAAAAGUAUCUGAACCUGUUGGAAUUUCUCACAUUUCUGCAUAAAAUCACCAUCAAAUGUGAUCUGACCUUUGUCAAAAACACACAGAUGAAAAAACAGCGUCUGCUUUAACUAAAAGCACCCAAACAUUUAUAGGUGUUCAUAUUUUAACGAGGAUAGUAUGCAAACAAUGACAGAACGGGGGGAAAAUAAGCAAGCGAACCAUCACAUUUAAUAUUUUGUGCCCCCCCCCCCCCCCCCCCCCUUAGGCAGCAAUAACAUCAACCAGACGCUUCCUGUAGCUAAAGAUCAGUCUGGCACAUCGAUCAGGACUAAUCUUGGCCCAUUCUUCUCGACAAAACUGCUGAACUUUCAAUCAGAUUCUUGGGAUGUCUGGCAUGAAUCGCUGUCUUUAGGUCAUGCCACAGCAUCUCAAUGGGGUUCAAGUCUGGACUUUGACUUGGCCACUCCAGAUUGUGUAUUUUGUUCUUCUGAAACCGUUCUGAAGUUGAUUUACUUCUGUGUUUUGAAUAAUUGUCGUGUUGCAGCAUCCAUCCUCUUUUUAGCCUCAACUGUCUGAGAGACGGCCUCAGGUUUUCCUGCAAAAUAUCCUGAUAUAAUUUUGAAUUCGUUCUUCCAUUAAUGAUUGAAAGUUGUCCAGGCCCCGAGGCAGCAAAACAGCCCCAAAUCAUGAUGCUCCCACCACCAUUCUUCAUGGUGGGGAUGAGGUGUUGAUAAUUGUGAGCAUUUCCAUUUUUCCUCCACACACAACGUUGUGUGUUACUUCCAAAUAAUUCAACUUUGGUUUCAUCAGCCAACAAAAUAUUUUGCCAAAACAUCUGUGGAGUGUGCGCGCCAAACUCUCUCCAAUUGUAGACAACUUAUCUGACUGUCGAUUGAUGAACAUCCAGACUUAUAGAGAUGGUUUUGAAUCCUUUCCCAGCUUUAUACAAAUCAAAAAUCCUUGGUCACAGGUCUUCAGACAGCUCUUUUGACCGAGCCAUGAUGCACGUCAGACAAUGCUUCUCAUCAAGACAUUUCUUUAUCAGGUGUGUGUUUAAUAGUGGGCAUGGCAGCUUUAAACCACUCAUCAUAUAUUGGGCACAUUCGUUUCAAUUGCUCUUUAAGUCUCCUUAGGCAGAGGGUUCACUUACUUAUUUUUUCCUUUUCUGUCAUUGUUUGCAUGCUGUCCUCAUUAAAAAAUGAAAACCUAUAAAUAUUUGGGGGUUUUAGUUAAAGCAGAUACUGUUUUUACAUCUGUGUGAUUUUGACAAAGAUCAGAUCACAUUUAAUGGUGAUUUUAUGCAGAAAUGUGAGAAAUUCCAAAAGGUUCAGAUACUUAUUCAUACCACUGUACAAUUUUAAACGCACGUGUAAAAUAAUUCAUUCCAGUAACAGACUCAUUCAUUACAAUAAUAAAGAAGGCAGCGGGCUCGUCCACUUUACCCAACGCUGCUCUCACAGCAGCAUCGUAAUUAUUCUGAAAGACCAAUAUUGCAAAACUUGUACAGGAAACCACACUUUUCAUGUCAUUUUUAUUUUACACCUUCCACAAGGGAACUUCUUAUUUUAGAAAGCAGCCUUGCAGGAGUGUUUGCAUGCCUCCAUUCCUGGGCUGGAAAAGAACACCAGUGUGUCUCUGGAGUAGCAUGGACACUCGCAACACAAUAUAUUAACCAAGCACACACAUACACUUUGCAUGUGCAACACGUGUAGACUUGGAAUUGUUAUAUUUAACAAUGCUCAGUGUGUAAAUACUGAACAUGUGCAAGAUCAUGCAAUAAAUCUUUGU